CAUCAGUUCCCCAGCGGUCGCCAGAGAGCGAGAGGAGGUAGUGUCUGACUCUGAACCUGCAGCAGCCCCAAGUGUUUCCCUGCUCCUGGUGCACGCGCGGGGCUAGUGACUUAAACUGAAACAGCGAGCCAUGAAUUACCAACGCGAUCUAUUAGAGUCGAGUCCGAUUUGUCCGUGAAGUCAACAGGCGGUGUUCGUGAUGUACUAUUUACGGAGGAAAGCUGUAUUCUCCAGGUUCAGGUUAAGGCCUACUUGUUAGAUCCCCAUCCUCGUCUCAACAGAGUUGCAUCGCGAUGGCUGAUGACCAGCAGCAGCCUGGAGCUGGAGCAGGAGCUUUACCUUCCGCGGUUCAAGGACUGCAGGGAGCUGAAGCCAAUGCGUUGCAGCUAAAAAUAAAGAGCUCGAUCUGCAAAACCGUACAAUCAAAGGUGGAUUGCAUUUUGCAAGAUGUGGAGAAUCUUACAGAUAUUGAAAAACUCUACCUCUAUCUGAAGUUGCCUUCUGGAUCCAGCAGUGGCAAUGAGAAAAAUGAGCAGAGCUCCAUUUCAUCGAGUCGUACCCAGCAGUUGCAUGCAUUUAGCUGGAUUCGCAGCCACCUUGAGGAACAUCCUGAAACAUCGCUGCCUAAACAAGAAGUCUACGACGAGUACAAGAGUUACUGUGAUAGCCUGGGGUAUCACGCUCUCAGUGCUGCAGACUUUGGAAAGAUCAUGAAGAACGUCUUUCCCAACAUGAAGGCACGUCGACUUGGCAUGCGAGGCAAAUCCAAGUAUUGCUAUAGUGGGCUUAGGAAGAGGGCUUUUGUACAAAUGCCAUCUCUUCCCAACCUAGAUCUUCACAAAUCAGGUGAUGGGUGUGAAGUGUUUGAACCUACUGGUCAACUGUCGAGUGCAGAAGAUGAGGUGCGUGUGGCCGCAUGUGGGUUGGUGUGCGAGUGGGCACAGAAAGUGCUAAGUCGGCAGUUUGACAGCGUUGAGGAUCUGGCUCGAUUUCUUUUGAACAGCCACUAUAUUGGAACUAAGUCUGUGGCUGCUCUUACUGUGAUGACCGGUUCCCCAUCAGGAGCAAAAUUGUCCAUUCAAUCAUCUGCAUUUGCUCCCACAACCGAUGCACACUCAUUCCAACCACAGGUUAAAACCCUGGUCUCACCCUCAGUAGAUGCCAAACAGCAACUACAAAGGAAGAUCCAGAAGAAGCAGCAAGAACAGAAACUGCAUUCUCCACUCCCUGGUGAAGCUCAGGCCAGGAGGGCAGAUGGGGGCAUAACUCCUGGGGCAAGAACAGGCAUACCCUGUGGAAGCCCUGCUCUUCUCUCACCUCAAUCUAUUGGGAUUGUGGUUGCGGCUGUUUCCAGCCCUAUCACGGUUCAGAGGAGCAGGCAGUUGUUGUCUCCUAGCCCUGUUCCAAUUGGAGCUGCAGACAGCAAAGUUCUUCCUGUAAACUUUCAAGUGGUUACCCAGUCAGUGCACCCUGUGAAGCAGUGCCCCAAGACACCUCAUAAUAUUUCGGCUAGUCCGAUAAGCGACCGGUCAGCCCGUCAUCGUUAUGCCCAAAUCCUGCCCAAGCCAUCUGCCUCAAGUGGCAUAACCCUGCGCUCACCAACAUUGCUUAUCACCAACAGCCCCAUCAAGACGGUGAUGUCAACUCCGCAUGUCAGUUCAGUCAAUGUAGUCAAGAUGACGACUAUAUCUCUGGGCUCUAAUGGCAGUGGGACCAGCACACUAGCUGAUACCCCUGCUAGCAACAAAGUCAGACCUGCAUCUGCUGGAGUUGCCAGCAUCAAUGAUGAUCCACAGCCAGUUACACGUGUUCGCAGUGGGUCUAUAGCUGUAAUGCCAUCAGUUUUGGCAAGGUUAGGCCGCUCAACAUCCACGACCCCUGUCAUCGACACUAAAACAAAUACUGAAGCCAUAAUUGGAAGUGGUCAAGAGCACGGUAGUACAAGUAGACUGGCAACCACUCUGGACACCGUUGGUAGUGUACAGCGGUCAGGGAUAUUCAAACCCAGAGCGGCUAGCGUACCCACUCCUCUUGACAAGGACUCUCUGGGAUUGGACACUCUAACAGGGACCAAAUGCAGUGAGAGGACACUCCUUAGUGUCAAAACUCUGUCUGCUGGCAGCAAUAAUUCGUCCAACACUAAUGAAAGCACUUUGUACCGGAACACAAGUAGCACUCAUUCAAACAGUGGUAAUGGGGUUGUGACAUCACCCAAAGAUUCAGUGUUGGCAACCAGGAGCCCUCACAAAAGACCUAGCUUAUGCACUGAUUUGAGCCCAACACCUGUUAAAAAAGCCCAUAUUUCUGUUCUACCAGCAGGUGGAUCCGAUGGACUGAAGUCAAACAUAAUGGCAAAGCAAAUUCCAAGAUCAAGCACUCCUAUAAGGACAGAAAGUGCACCUCUCAAAGUGACAGGCAAAGCUAUUGCAUGUCCGGUCAGGAAUACUGGCUUCCAGACAGUUCACAGGCCUCAAAGCAUCUCCCAGGGAAGAUGGGAAGGAGCUUCAUCAGUAAUGGAUUACAGAGUUCCUGUCACCUCUACAGCAGGUCAGGAUACUUCAGUGGGGAAUACCAUGUUUCAGACUGUUUGCAGACCUCGAAGCAUCUCCCAAGGGAGAUGGGAAGAAUCUUCAACAGGUGUCGAAGGUAGAGCUGUGGUCACCAGAACUGUUAGUGCUCCAGGACAGGCUUUGCUGCAACAAGUCGCCAAAAAGUCACAGGAUUUGCUUAUAGACCAGCCUGACUCUUCUGCCACAUAUGAACUGAAGAGUGUAUUUUGGGAUAGUGAGCUGCAAGAUGCUACUCAACAACAUCAGGAAGUUUAUGGCCCGCAAAUGGCGUCUGAGCCAAAGCAAAUGUCCACCCCAUUGAUGGAGCCCCUUCCUGCAAUUGCUCAAGCCUCUUCUUCCAACCAGCAGGCUCAGAUGAGUGACUACAGAACCCAGGCCAACCUUAGCUACUUUCCGUUUGAUGAUGACAUGACCCAGGAUAGCAUUGUUGAGGAACUUGUACAAAUGGAAGAGCAGAUGAAAAUUAACAGUAGCAUACAAAGUUUCAGCAACUGUGUGGAUAAUUCACUGCAAGGCCAGCAACAAACCAUGCAGACUACCAUGAUGUCCACCCUCCAGACCAACACCCUGUAUUACAGCUCUGCUCAUAGCAGCAGCACCCCAAUCCAAACACCCACUCCUACACCUACUCCCACUUCUGAGAUGAUCGGAAGUGGUCAAGGUAUGAUGCAUGAAAGCCCCUGUUCGCGCUUAGCCCCAACCACUCCGGUCGACAGCGCUCUUGGAAGUAGUCGACAGACACCUAUUGGCACUCCCCACUCCAACUGCAGCAGUAGUAUCCCACCAAGCCCUGUGGAAUGCAGGAACCCUUUUGCCUUUACUCCUAUUAACUCCAGCAUCACUGGAUACCACGAUGGAAGUAUCGUCUCCUCAAGCCCUGUCAAGCCAAUGCAAAGACCAAUGGCCACACAUCCAGAUAAGACUAAACUGGAAUGGAUGAACAGUGGGUACAGUAACAGUGGUGGGAACACCAACAAUGGCAUUACCAUUCUGCCCAGCUACCAAGACCUAGUAGAUGACCACUUUCGAAAGCCUCACGCCUUCGCCAUCCCAGGCCAGACCUGUCAGUCGCAAAACAGAUAUCAUGACACUCAUAUCAGCCGCUUGACACCCAUUUCGCCUGUCCAACAACAAGUGGCAAGCAUGGCUAGCCUCAACAGGAAAGAGGGUUUUGCUGUUCCAGCACCCCUUGACAACAAGGCCAACUCAGGGUCUGGAACAUUUCGAUGCCGCAGCGUUAGCCCAGCAGUCAGGCAGCGCAACUUGAGCGGGACCCAAAAUCCCAGUGUUCCCCACUCUGUGGUCUCACCUUUCAACUCACCUGUAACACCUGAAGUGCUAAACAUCUUUUCUAACAGUGACCCUGAUGCAAGCAUCAGCAGCAUGGCACAGAGGAGUCAGUCUGUUCCAGUCACAGUGAUGAUGCAGUCUGAGGUUCUACCCAUGCAAGCAGGCCAGCAGAUGAAUACCAAAAACAUCAGCAAUGUCCUCAUCAACAAAAUGGAUGGCGAUGGAGAUGACUCUGUACGUGGCCUCGGAAUCAACAACAUGCCAUCCAACUACACUGCCCGCAUGAAUCUCACCCAGAUUCUGGAGACCACCACAGUGCCCAGCUUUCCUGGUAGUGCCAGCCACCAAGCUCUGAUCUCGCCUUGUUCAUCAGCCUUUGAGUCCCAGAAGCCUAGUUACCUCAUGAAAAAUGCCAGAGAGGAGCCGAUGAGCUUCUCUGUAGAUGAAAGCCAAGCACAAUCAGCCUCAGGGGAGCACCAGUCUCGACAACAGCAGCAGCACUUAGGCAGACGGCAGCUCCUUGGGCAGAAACAACAGAGUCAGGCCAUGCUUUUGCCUCUACAGCAAAGCCUCCAGCAGCAUCAGCACCAGCAACCCUUGGAUUUAGACAGAACUGUUAAAGAUCUUUUACAUGAGGAAAGCUUGAAUGCUGGCUGUGUGGGGCAAGGAUCAGAGCUCCGUGCUGGGAGUUCAGUGUUUCCCAGCGAUAUGCGACUAACCUCUGAGCUUACCGGUAACAUAAAUGACUUAAAUACAUUGGACACCAACCUUCUUUUUGACCCCAGUCAACAGCAAGGACAAUAUGAAGACUCGACACUGGAAGAACUGAACAACGACCCACUUUUUCAACAGAUAUGCAGCGAGACUGUGAAUUCUGCGGGCUUUGACUGGUUGGAGAACAAAGACCAGGCAACAGUGGAAAUGUUGGGUUAAUUUGUGCUUUUGUGUUGUUUUGCUAUUUGGAUAGGUUUCCAUGUAUGUAUUUUGGAAAUCUCAUCAAUGUAUAUAUUCGUCUCGUCGUGCAGCACCUACUGCUAUGAGCCCCUGGACGUCACAACACAGGUCUAUAUUGAAGUGCCAGGCUUAACAGAAAUGAUUGCCCUAUCAAGAUUGCUGGUUCUUUGUCUCAGUGGUUUUUGAGAAACAGCCUAACCUAGAAAUACUGUCACACUUUUCCUGCUCUUUCUCACCAGUUUUGCAAGAAAACACGUCAGAGCUUUACAUAAGAAGUCAUCGGAGACAUCUUUAUGCCUCUACACUGUUUUGUGCAUUGAGUUACACAAUUUUUAUACAAUCCUUUGAACGUUUUGCAGUAAAAGGGUAUUGUAUGGAAGAUUGGAAAAUAACUUCUUUUUAACCCUUUAUCUUGAAGAAAAAUAUUUUGUAUUUUGAGGUAACACCAGCUAUAAAGAGGUACUGUACCUCAUCUAAUUAGCUUUUUCACUCUGUAAACAAAAUCGGUGCUUCCGUGUGCAGAAAAUCAGCUUUGAACAUGUUGAACAUCUGUAUUGUCUUUCAGUAAACAAGAAUAAGGGAAGAUCCCAUUAGCAAUGUUAAACUUUCAGGGGAUGCUUAAUAUUGAAAUACAACAGCUUAUACCUGCAGCCUCUGAUUACAAAGUAAUAAAUUAUUGCACACAAAUGUGCCACCAUGUUAGAAUUUGUAACGUGAGCCAGUAAACAAUUUACAUUUGCAGCUUUAUUCUUAUUGUCAACCACUAUGUCAAUUGGGAAGUAUGCAUCUACUUACACAAAAUCGCUUGUUACAUAAAUGAAUAAAUGAGUGCACUUUUGAAAUUUAAAUUCACUUAUGCUAAAACUUACUUAAAUUGAAAGGUAAAAAUAUUGACCUAUGUAGGGUUUUUUUUCACCCCUAAGCUGCAUCUCAGGUUUCUCCAACCUCUAAAUUGGAAGAUAUCAAUCAGAUUUUAUCCAACAGAAAAAGUCAAUGAAUGAUCAUGGCACUGGUUAUUGCACUAGCUGGCACCUUAAUAUUGCAUUUGCUAUUCGAAUAUGGAUUUAAAAUGGAAGAAUUUGAAGUAGAAAUUGGUUGGUUAAUCGUAACUGGUGAACCCAAAAUGCCAAAGUAUAGUUGUAAAACAAAAAAAAGUUUUACAACAGUUGUCAAACUAUCCCAAAUGAUAUUGUUAACUAUGCAUUUAUGUGGCCAAGAAAUAGAUGAGUAGCCACUUUUUUUUUAUUUUUGUUAUAAAUUUUCCCCAAUGUCGUUUGGCAGUUUGCAUAAAUGAGAUUCAUUAAAGUAUAUAUUGUCUCGUGCACAUGCCUUGUUUUGGCAUUUUCAACGACUGUUUUCUACUUGAGCACUUCAUUCAGGAACUUCUUUAUAACAUGCACUAAUAAAGAGCCUUUACCCCUUAAUCAAACCAUCACACCAGCUGUAAAAACAUCAGGAAACUAAAAAAAUACCCAGAUCACAUUACUAAUAAAUGAGCUCAGCGCCGCUAAUAUCACCAGAUAGUCCCCUGCCCCCACUCGCUUUGAAAGCUGGAAUGAAGACAUUUCAUUCAAAGGGUCAUAACUGUACUGAAGUACUUGAUUAGUAGUCUGCUUUCAGAAUAGCAGAGCUUAAGAGACACUUUGUUACUGAGUGCGGUAGUUAUUGAAUUCCAUCUUAGCCUUACUUCCAUACCAAAGUUUUGUAAUUACUGCGAAAAAAUAGGAAGUCUACCUUUUUAGCAUCACCACUUUCAAAUUCAAUUCUUACCCCAGUUUUUAAGAUGCAUGUUUUAAAAUGGAUUUAUGAAAAUGUCACCCAGGUUUAAAUGGGGCCAAGAUCGUGGGGUUGAAAAGGGAAUUUGUUUUAUGCAUAAUUGUGUCCCUUGCAUAUGACCACUGUAGCACUUGAAUUUUAUUAACAUGGCAUGUCAGACUUCAUGCUUCUGGUAUUUAUAGGAUGAAGAAAGUCCACUAUGGAAUUUCUGUUUGUUGUGACGCUCUGUAAAUAAGCUCCAUUUAUAAAAGGAAAAAAUAACACUGAAUUACAAGUUUGAUUAACAAUCUUGUUGACAAUGUGACCAUGAUGAUAGUGACCCAGUGGUCUUUGGCAAAGUUUUUGUUUUGUUUUUGUUACAAUUAAUAGUUUACAUAACUAGACAUCUCUUGUAUAGAUAUACUGUAGCUUGUUGUGAGUUUUAAUUUUCAAGCUUUUCUUCUCAUUUAUUUAUUAUUUGGCUUCCAGUUUUUGUUCCCACAUAAGAGUGUGCUUUUGUGUGAGAAUAUAGCAUGUGUUGUGGUUUUUUCAUAUCCUUUUUGUUUUUUUGCACAGGGUUAAGCAGUUAACACUGGAAAUGUAACAACUGAAAAUUCACUUCAAAAUUCAUUUCAAAGUUGUUCUCAAGUUCAAUUCAUUUCAAAGUUCUUCUUUUUAUUGCACUAAUUUCAUUGAGGAACUUUGGCUUUGAGAAUUGCAGUGCAAUACAUGAAGCCCCAGUACACUGUUUUGAGGAGCUACUGUUUGGGGGGUUAAAGUAAAAAAGUGUCCGUUUGUGUUCUUAUGUUCAGGAGCCCUUUGAGGAUCUUCUUGAGAAAUGCUUACAUGUAAAUGAGUGAAAGCAAUUGAAAUGUUCAAUUAAAAACAUUUAAAUAAUCCACUGUUCAUUUACAAAAAAAAAAAAAAAUGUAAAUUUGCAUUUGAUCUCUGUACAUAUGUCAUGACUUUAUUUGCAGUAACAGUAAGAGUAUUUCUGUCCAGCAGAAGAAAAUUCACUUGUGACAUAAUUCGUUUUCUUGUCAUUACUAUUUCCUCCCUCUUAAAAGUAUGUAAACGUUUGUUUUUUUGAACAAGCACUACUAUUUCUACUUUAAUGAAGAAGCAGGCCAGAAACGUGACUGUAUUAUUCUUUGACUUUGACUUGGUAGAAUUGUCCGUUCUAUUCCCUCGUGCGGUUAUUGUUUAUGUACAGACGCUUUAUGGUAGUUUGAUGAAAUUUGUUAUGACAUUACAGCAAGAUUUUCUUCAUUCUUUUGUAUUGAAAGUGCUUACUGAUGUUGAGAUUUUUUUAAAGUGGUUUUAAAAACCAGUAAACAUUUUGUAAAGUAUGGCAAAUAAUUUGUUCUCUCUGUUUCAGACUAUUUGGAAAGCCAGGAUUGUCUUGUGUAAAAAUAAUACAACACAUCUCAUUUGAAAUAUUAAUUGAAAUGGUUCAUUGUGAAGAAUGCAAAGCUUAGUCCUGCCAGUAUUAUUUUAGAAUAAAACAGUCAACCAGUUCAAGCUGUACUUUGAGCAUGAACAUUUAUCAUGUACAACCAACCUAUUGAAACUGAUAUAACAGGGAUUUAUGAGAAUUAUUUGACAAAUAUGUUCCUAUUAAAUAUAUAGGGAUAUAGUGUUUAUAGAAGCACUGUGUGUUUCAUGUGAAGUAAAAGGGAGAUUCUCUUUUGGCUGAUGAUGAGUCGCUUGCUUUGCAUUAAAUUUUAACUCAACAUACAAACAGACCAAUCACAAAUUAAAAUAUAGCUGCAAGCAGCGAUGGCGGGCUCAAGCCACCAAUGCCAUCACCACCCCGGUGGCAUCAGGUAAACUGUGCCCAGCGGGCACAUGCAUUCACAAUAUCCCUCUGGCAGUGAGGUUUUAAAGGAUAGAGGGGAGCGUAGAAGGGAGCGUGCAUUUGCAGUGGCUGGGCCACGACUCUGGAAUACCCUGCCUUUAGAGAUCAGACUGGCCCCUUCCUUGUCUAUUUUUAAAUCUUUGCUAAAAACUUUUUUAUUUUCCUUAGUGUACUGACUACUGUGUUAUGCUACAUUUUGAAAUGGGUGGUUUUAAAUUUUUUGUCUGGUCUAUUUUUAUGUAUGUGUAAUAUUCUUGCUCUUAUGUUAAAGCACUUUGGUCAGCCAGGAGGCUGUUGUAAAUGCGCUAUACAAAUAAAUUGAACCUGAACUUGAA